AUGAGCACGGCAGAGCACGAAGAAGAUGAAUUCUUCGAGCCAGAAGAACAACAAGUUCAACACCAGGCAUCAUCAAAACCAUCCUCAAACCCAUCAAGUCCAAUCAUCACCAAACCAAUAAUUCAACAGCAGAUAGACAAGGAGCCUUCUCCCACUCUUUCUGCUCAACACAACAUUGUUAAAUCUGCUGCAAAUACGAAAGCUCUGUUCGACGACGUCUCUCCUACGCCUCAGGCUAGUAAUGUCUGGGGCUCUUGGGGCUCGUCGUUGUCCUCCUUUGUUAAUGUCGCCCAAAGUACACUCGCUAAGCAAGCAGACAGGUUAUAUGAGUCUCUGGACCCUGAAUAUGAACGAGAGAAAAUGUCGAUACGAGAUCGUGAAGCAAGGACAAAAGCUCUAUCAACUCCACUAGACGCCGAUGCUAUAACACCAGAUCCGAAAGCAGACACUCAACAACCGAUAGAUCCAAUACACGCUGUUUCCCACGCAGCCGAAGCACUACUCUCCAAAAUGGAUGAAGGACUGAAUUCAGUCUCUGAUGCGGUGGGCAACUCCUUGUUUUCAGGGUACAAGAAGAUUGAAGAGGCGAAAAUCGGUGAAAAGGUUCUCGCGUUGCAAAAUCAUGCUGCAAAUCAUGAAAUGUUGCAACAGAGUAGGGAUUUGAGUCAAGAUGCCCUCUCAAGUGGUUUGGCUGCUCUAGAAGGUCUUGGACAACAGGCCAUGAAUUUCUUCGGAUCCAGACCAACUCAAGCACCAACAAAACUCACCAAGCAACAAACAUCAUCAACCAAAACCUUUAGCUCUGUGUUCAAUGAAUCUGAAGGUGGUGCCUCCUUCAUAGCCAUCGAAUCCUUGUCUACUAGUGCAUCAAGUCAAGUCACCACUCUCAUAUCGAAAUCAUCCAAAACAGCAGAUAUGAAGGACAUUGAUCAAGCAUUCGAUGUCGAUUCUAUGCUUGAAGACGCUGAAAGCAUAAGUGAAAGACCGUUCUCUGAUGAUAAAGAGUUUGAUUCACUCGUCAACUCACUAAAAGGAUUGACAGCACAAGCACCAACCAUCCUCACCAAAAUAAAAGAAGCAAUUCGACCAUGUGAAUCAUCCACCAGCGAAAAGCUACGAUUCUUCAAUGUCUUGUAUGAAAAGAAACUGCCAUCAGAUACGACCAUUGAAGAAUUCAUUGAUGGAUUGUAUUUGGAUGCGCUGGCUGUUCUUGUGUCGUCUGUUGAGUCUUGGUGUACAUUGGUGUUGCGAGUCGCUGAAUCUCAACUCAUGAGUGUUUCAGAAACGUCUGACAAGCCAAAGGCUGUAGACAGUGUGUCUGAGAUUAUGGAGUCUUUGAGGACGGCUUCGAUAGCUAUGAUCAAUGUCAUCAACGAAACUGCAGAGAUUUAUUCAUCGGCAUUUGCAUCUCUUGCCAAGAAAUUUCCAAGAGAAUCUGUCGCUACACUUGUGGAUAAAGCCGUGACGAUACUCAACAAUGAUGGCGAAUCUGCCAUAACAGUUAUUCAGGAAUCAUUCAACAACCUAUCACCCAUAUUUAAAUUCAAGCGUUUGUAG